AUGGCCAACUGGGAUGACGAUGACUUUGCACCCACCAACAGCAAGGGUGGUUCGUGGGAAGAAGAGGAAGACGACGAGGAGUUUUUGGAGUCAUGGGACAUAGACGAAGAAGAAGUCGCAAGACAGAAAAAGGCAGCCGAGGAAGAGGCCAAGAAGAAGGCUGCUGAGGCCAAACGCCAGCUGGAUUUAGAAAAGAAGAAAAAGGAGCAAAAGAGGCUUGAGAUGGAGGAAUUCGACGCUAUGGACUCCAACGCCAAGAAGGAGCUCCUCAAAAAGGCAGAAUUGAAUGCCGAUCUAAACAAUGCGGCUGACUUGUUCGGCGGGCUUGGUGUGGCCGAAGACAACGAGGAGAUUGACGUUAACGAACAUCCCCGGGAAAAGGCUAGAAAACUUGAAGCCGAAGCUGCUCGGAGGAAGCCCGUUUUAACCAAAGACACCCCAUUGGAAGAACACCCGUUGUUCCAGCCAACCAACAAAGCCGAAUUUGAGCAGUUGCGCAAGGCAUUGAGUCUGUCGCUUGCCGCAUUGAGCGAAGACAGCUCCCUUCUCUAUGCAUCCUCCUUGGCCAUUGACCUCAUCAGGGACCUCACUCAACCGUUGUCCGUAGAAAACACGAGGAAAGUGGUGUCGACUUUGAAUGUCGUUGUCAAGGACAAGGAGAAGCAGGAGCGUUUGGCAAGGUUGAAGAAAGCCGGUGGUACUGCCACUGGCGGUGCUGGUAAGAAGAAGGCAAAGCCCGCGGCUAGGCCAAAUGUGGGCGGGUUCAAGAAGGAUGCAUUUGACGACAUGGGUGACAUUGAUGAUUUGGAUGACGACGAUUUCAUGUAG